AUGAAGCUACUGAAAGAUUUAAUAAUCCAGCGUAAAGAAUUACAGGAUUGGGAUAAUGCAAUAACUUGGUCCAGAAACGGAACUCUAUAUUUUAGAACAUCACCUGAAAUAACCAUCGGAGAACCUAGGUAUCAAGAUAGCUCACUUAUUAAUAACAAUGCGAAAGGACUGUUUUAUACCAAAGAGUAUCCCUUAGUCGUUGGUAACGUCAUGGAAUUCGAAACGGCAACCGAUAACGCAUUUCUUAACACUCAACCAGCAUCGUUUGUAAGGACUUGCAAACCUUCUAAAGUUAAUGACAGUGAAUAUUUGGCCGUUUUAUCGAAUAAUUUUAAUGUUAUCAUAUAUAAAGAUAAGAAUCCUGUCGCAAAAAUCGACCAAUCGGGAGUCAAUGUACAACAAAGAUGUUUCCAUGCAUUUGAAUGGUCACCCUAUGACAAUACCAUUGUCGUUGGUAACGAAGCAGGAGAACUUUUAUUCUUUCAAAAAGAACCAGAAAGCGAUAAUUUUGGGUUAAUAAAUAGAGUUAAAAUGGACGAAUUACAAUCUCAAUAUAUCACUGAUAUUCUGUGGAUAGGGAACAACAUUGUUGUUACUGCAUCCGAUAAUUCUGUAUGGAAAUUGGAGUAUAACAAAAAUUUAUUACAUGCAAAAAAAAUAAUCGAUAGCUCGAGGUUUAAAAUAUUCGAUCUCGCCAUAAUCAACGAUCGUUACGUCAUAGUUACUUCAUCUGGUCACUUGUAUAUAUUUAAUUUAACGUCUAAUAAAUUAGAUAUCGAAAGACUUCCAGUAGCAAAUAAUUUUUACAUUGUUCCUAUUAGAAAAACAGACACUUUAAUUCUUGUCUCAAAUGCUAAUAAUAUGACUAUUAAAUUGGAUUUGGAUACUAACGAAAUAUCUUUACAACCUGAUACUUUAAUCGGUCCACAUCUACUUCAUAAAUUCAAGAAAUGGAAUGACAUAUGGAACGAAUCUGGGAAAUAUGAGACCAAUUUAAAUAUUUAUGGAGUAACUCUGUCACCCGAUGGUUUCACUGUAGCAAUUUUAUAUAAUGUCAACCGUGUGACAUGGAAGUAUUUAAUUUCCUCACAACGUCAAUAUCAUGUAAUGUUUGUCCCCCUAUGUGAACAGUGGGAAAUAUCAAAUGAAGCUACUGGACUUGCAUGGUAUCAAACUCAUAUUAUCUAUCAACGGGGUAGUUUACCACUGAACGGAGAACUUUCAAAUGAAAAUUCACUGAAGUUAUUAGAAUCUAAUCCAAAAUUUAAUACACAAAUUGAUUUCAAACAAUACUUGAUAAAUUAUUUCGAUAAUGAAAAUUUAAAUCAAUUAAGGUUCAACAUAUAUCUGGACAACACAGAUAAAAGAUGUAUCAAUAUAUUUCGUGCGCUGAUUAUAAAAUACGCUUUGUCUAGAUUAGAGACGAUCACGGAUGUAUUAGAUAUUGCUUGCCUUACUGCUCUACUUAAAGCGACAGGUUCACCUCCUAAUCCCGAUAUCCCUUCUGAUAAAUUCGAAGAAUAUGAUAUGAAAGGUGAAUUUAUUACACAAACUUUUUCUCUUAAAAUAACCGAUGAUAAUUCUAAUUCUUCCUUUGAGGAAAUUACCUCUAAAGAAGGAAACACAUGGAAACUAUGUGCUAUAACAUUAUUACCAAUACUUGGUCUGGCUGUAAAAAGAUGUCCUGUCACAAACAAAAGAGUUAUUGAUAUCGAAGCAGACUCUCUUAACCACUAUGGUUGGUUUACUAGAACAUUACUAGAAGUAUGUUGUAAAAAUAGUGUGUAUACCGGUACAGGUAUGAUAUAA